AACUUCCUCAAAAUAACCUUGACCCCUAGGCUGGCGUCCCGAAACUAAGUUGACUAGUAAGACCGAAGCCUACAAGGGUUGUAACUUACACUUAUUGAAACUUAAAAAGAGCUCCUGGUUACGAUGGCUGCGGCAGAUUUACCAUCUAGCCAAGUAGAUGGAGUAGAAAGGAGUGUCAACUCAAAGAAGCUUACACGUUCAGGAAAACCAGUUGGGGUUUAUCUACUGACUUGGAAUGUUGGAUGGUCACCACCGCCACCAGACCUAAAUGAUGUUCUCUCACUUAACAAACAACAGUUUUUUGAUGUGUAUGGUAUUGGGCUUCAAGAGGUAAAAGAGGGAGAUAACACAGAAUGGGUAGAGGCCUUCACAUCUACUCUAAAAAAGCAUGACUUUGUCCGUAUCAAAUUACGACGGCUUCAAGGGUUAAUAACAAUCAUGUUUGUGAAACGUUCUCAUCUCUCUUACUGUACAAGCUUUGAAAGUGAGGCAACCAGGACUGGACUGGGAGGAUGGUGGGGCAACAAGGGAGGUGUCAGCAUAAGAAUGGAUCUUUUUGGUGUCAAUUUCAUCGUUGUCAACAGCCAUCUGGCGGCUCAUCUUGAUAAUGUUCGAGAAAGAAUAGAGGACUAUGGCAGCAUCAUCGAUAAUCAGAAGUUUAAAGACCCUGAUGUUGAAACCAUACUUGAUCAUGAUUAUGUAUUUUGGAUGGGUGAUCUCAACUUCCGUCUGGAUAAGACAACACGUCUUGAUGCUGAAAAUGCAAUUGAAAGGAAUGAUUAUGCUAAGCUUUUAUUAUCCGAUCAGCUGAACAUGUGUCGAGAAGAGGAGCUUAUAUUUGUGAACUUUAAGGAAGGUUGCAUCACCUUCCCACCUACCUACAAGUUUGACCCAGGCACCAAUACUUAUGACACAAGUUCCAAACAACGUGUGCCAGCAUGGUGUGACAGGAUACUUUGGUACUCUGAUGAUGCAGAGUAUGGAAGAAGUUGCAGGCUGCAAGUCAAACAGUUAGUCUAUACUUCACAUCCAACAUACCUCUGCAGUGAUCACAAGCCUGUAUCUGCCACCUUCGAGAUCUCAGUAUACCCCAAGCCACCACUAAAUCCCGUGAGGUUUGAGCAGAUAAAAGAAUGGCAGCUUGGACAAUCUCAGAUAGUUCGAUAUCAAGUUAAAGAUGUCCUUGGUCAAGUCAAAACAUCCUCAUCUGACUGGAUUGGCUUAUAUAAGGCCAAAUUUGUAAACUUUGAAACAUACCUCACUUAUGUCAGUGCCAUAGAAGGGGCUGAAAAGAAUGCUCAAGGUGUGGAGGUUACCUUCUCUGCAAAAGCUUUCAAUGAUGUUCCCCCUGGGAAUUACUGCUUAUGCUACUUGACGAAGAAGUACUCACUGAUGGGGAUCAGCCAGGUGUUUCCUAUUACUCCAUUAAAAAUAGGCUGACAGUGCCAUCAGUUCUGAUCUUGCUUAUGCCAAGGUCAUAGAUCAGAGAGGAUCAGACAAGUGACCUCAGCCCUAGUCAGACUCCAGCUGCUAGAAGUAUUCAUCCUGCAUCCAUCUGGUUUCUUCAGAUGCAGGACAGUUCAUCAUUCCACAGCAAAAUUUCUGUGAUCUUUACAGACAGGUUUGAUCUUUUGCAUAUCUCACAAACAGGUGUCAGAGAGAAAAAAAAUGCAGUUAUAGUUUUUCCUUUGCCAACUGUGGCUUGUAUUUUUUGACAUGAUUCCUGCCAGCAGUACAAGAUUCUAUUUACAAACUACAUAAUCGACUAUUUGUUAAGUGUUAAUAUACACAUGCCAUUUUGUGCUUGUUUUUCAUUCACUUAUAUUUCUUUCCUGGGAUUUAUUACCUAAUUCAUCUACUGUUAACAAUAGAAAUGUUUUCUUUUUUGUAGAUUAUUUUUUGAUUAUUCAAAAUGGAUUUCCUUUGUGGACUAUAUUCUUCAUAUCCAAUAUUAAGAGAAACAUUCUUGGUAUGUUUAGGACAUGUAAUUGCAUUCGUGUGAUGGGCUUCCAUAAUUGUUUUUGCCUUCAGAUAUGUUGAAGAGAACAGCUUUAAGUGUGAAAGGUGUCAGAUUCAAUGUAAUGAUUUGAUUCUUUCUCAUAAUAGUAAUGACAUAUACUGACAUAUACUAACACCAUAUACUGAUUUCGUUUUGUAGUUGACAUUAUUUACAGGUAGCAUCAGUAAAUAUUUGACAUGUAAGUGACAUGAAACAGCUGUAAGUGAUACCUUUUCAUCUUGCCGUACAUUUCACAUACUUACAGUUUUACAAAAGUUACCUAAAGCUGGCUGCAGCCAGUGGAACCAUAACCCAUUUUGCAUUAAUCCCAAGUGUGCAAGCCAGGGUAAACUCAGUUUUGUAGCACCAUGUUAUCCUGUCAGUUUAAAAAAGUUAUGCCAGUCCUCCAGUAUUGUUUGUUUGAAAGUAUUGUCUGUUGAUAGACUUAUCGUGAACAAAUAAAAUCCACGAAUGCAUGAAAGUAAACACUAAUGCCAGUCUUCCGUGAUCUGUGAUUGUGAUUCUGAUUGCAAACAUGCAUGACCCACAAAUGUGUUACAGUAUUUCAGAUACUGGUUUCUUUAUGUAAACUAAAAUACUGUCACAUUAUUUAUUGUCUUGAGCAGUUGUGGCAUGUGAUACAUGACUUAAACAAUACAUAUAAAUUGCAAAAACAUUAGUUAUAUUUAUAAAAAAUUUCUAGUAAAAUGAUUGUUUUUUAUAAUUUAAAAGCUGAAACAGUUUAUGCCAAUUUGAAAAAGCAAGCAUUACAUGUGUAAUGGGACUAAGAGAGGGAAACUGCAACAAGUUAACCAAGGUGUCAUGCAAUGUCAAUGUGGAAGUGUUAAGCAGAUGUGCAAGUAGUGUUCAAGAAUUCAGAUUACACAUACACAUGCAUGCACACAUAUGAAUGUUGAGAGUACACACUCGUAUUAGGAUCCAAUGAAUAGACAGUUAAAGUCAAACUACACUUACUAAAGGAUAAAACCAAUUCUUCCUUUUUUGACCACAAUUUUACAUAAAUCUUUACAGUUCUUGAUUUCUCUAUCAGCUAGCAAGCAGAUCUGUUUUUAUGGAUUUAAGAGUUAAACCUACAUUAUGGUAUUGUAUGUUAAUAUGAGACUUGAUCGGCUUCUGUGUUAAUAAUAAAGUACUAAAAGGCUUCUAUUUUUAUUUUGAUGUUGUAAUUUGUUCUUUAUCCUGAAUCGGUUUUUUCUCUGCAUUACUGUUGAGUCUGCUUUGUGAUAGAUUUGUUACAAGUGAACUUCUGUAUUAUUUGGGUUUUUUUAAAAACAAUAACUGAGUUGCACAACUUACAAGCAUGCUAUCUCUUGUACACAUGAGUUUGCUUGUGCACAAGUAAAUCGUUCAUACCAUGCUUAUAUACCAUAUUUAGAGGUGAAUGCUGUAUAUACUUUCAGUUACUAUAUUAUUUGAAUUUUAAAGUUGUUUGAUAAAAUCUACCGUCAUACAUGUUUCUAGAAUCUUGCAUUGUUUUUAAAUUAUCAGCUUUUGUUCUUAUUUGCAUCUGUUAAGUGCCAUUUUUACUCAAAUGUUGUUAAUGAACAUUGAAGCCUGCAUCUAGUGGGAUGCAAUUUUAGAAACAUUACAGAGAGUAUUGUUCUAAAACAUUUCUUAUUCUUGAAACAUUUUAUUUGUUGUUGUCCCCAAAUUGAGAUAAGACUCCUAGUCUGGCUUUGUGAAGUUUUGAUGCAGUAAUCAACCUAUUAUGUUUUUCUUAGAGGUAGGAAGUACUGCAUAUGUGUUCAAACAGUAUUGUUAAAGCUGUUAAAUUUUACCAUUUUCCAACUUAAAUUUACAGAAAUUUUAAGCUGCAAAAAAAAAAACAAAAAAAAAACCAUCAUUUAAUUUCAACUGUCUUUAAAAGAAUGGAGGUGGGGUUUUUUCCUGAAAGUGAAAACUACAAAUUAGUUUGCCACCUGCAACUUGCAAUCACUUUUAACCAUUUCUUUGUCUCUCUUUAUAUAGAUGACUGCUGCUUUGUGCUAUACCUGCUGAACAAAUGAAGAUAUAUUAUUAUUUUCAGCAUUACAUUCCUCUUUGUUGUUAUAACUUUAAAAUUGUAUGCACAAUCAACAUGACAAGGAAUGAAAAAUACAUUUUGUAACCUGGCUUCUGUUGUCACAACAUAUUACCCUUAAAUGCAAAGUACAAAUUUAAAGAAAAGAUGUAAGUGUAGCUUUUUUCAACUAUGCAUGGUAGGCUUAGGGGAAAGUAGUUAAUCAGUGGUUACAACACCAAUCAGAGAACAGCAGAUAGGCCAGUUUGAUACCCAGUUGAUAUCCUCAGUUGAUUUAGCUGUUAAAUCUAAGGUUAAACCUAAGGUUUUACUUAGCUGGGAAAGGUAAGGCAGCAAGGAAGGGUACCAUCCUUACCAAAGAGCUGACCCCAAAAUAGAUGGUGUCUUUAACACCUCAUAAAGGUUACAGGACUACUGAUACCUUUUUUUAAAAGAAAAUACUAGAUUUGCUUGUAGAAUUUUGUUUACUCCAUGCAGACUCGUGUGGACAUUACAUUAAAAAAAUAGUAGAUUUAAGAUUAUUGAGAAAGUUUUAUUUUUUAAAUAUAGUAAAUGUACUUUUGCCUGUGCAAGAGUGAGACAGCCUUGUGUGGCACUUUGUAAAGAAAAUAAUCACAGCUGCCUUUAAACAUGCGCUUAUUUUAAAAACUGUCUUUUGCUGUGUGAUCAUCAAAUAGGAGGGAGAUGCAAUUUUCCUUGUAUUGAAUGUUGGCUGUUGGGUACUAAAUAAAUUUCUUGUAAUUCUCAUGUUUUCCUAUUGACCAAACAUUCAAAUUGUUUAACUCAUUAGACCCAAGGUAUUUACUGCAUAAUUCUAUUGUUGCAUAAAAAAUGGAGUGGCCCUAUUGUUACAUGUUGUCCAGUGUAGGUUACCAAGUGCUGCAGAUAUAUUAUGACCUGAUUUAUUCCAUAGGAUUUGUGGUAUACACACAUAUUGACGCAAUCGAGCUCCAGCUAUAAAGAUGUUUGCAUAUGCCAGUGCAAACUGUUUAGGAAGAAUUAAAGACUGGCAUAAUUUUUCUGGAAUGUUUGAAGCAAUUCAUGAACAAGCUCAAUUUAAAUGGAUUUUUGAUUUUGGUUAUGUUUAUAUUUUUAGGAUGUAUAAUUUAUUCGGGUAUGUACAAUCUGAGUACAGGUUAAAUGUCAUUUAGUGGUUGAAGGACAAUUCAGUGUAAUUUAAUUGCAUGUCAAGUUUAUCUGCCCUUGUACAAGAAGAAGACUUCCAAAGAAUAAUUUUAUUUGGCAGCACAAAAAUAUGAGGACAUUAUAUUUCUUGUGCUCACAUAUAUUUUGGCAUUAAAAGACGUUUGUUUGGCUGUGUACAGCCUAAGGACAUGACUUUCAUAGGGCUGUGUAAAAAUUAAGGACAUCUUUGUAUUGUUUAAAGAUGUUCAGCAAGUCUUGAUGUACUUGUCAUUUAAUAACCAAAAUGACGCCCUCAAUGAUUUAUAUUUCCUUUGUAUAUCCUGCAUUUUAGUGUAAUCUACCUGCUUGCCAAUAGAUCUGUUUCAGUUAGAUAUCGCACAGUGUUCUGUGUUCAAAUACGAUUUAACUUCACAGGGAAAAUCAAAGAUUUCUUUCCUUAUGCAUCUGAGCAAAGAACCUAUUUGUGGUGUGGCUUGAAACUUUUUGAAUGACAUUAACAGGUUUUCAGAAACAAAAAAAUGUCAGACCAGCUAUAUUUUUUAAGAACUAAUAAAAUAUUUUUGACUAUUGAAGGAAAACAAAAAAA